AUGGGAGGAGGAGGUCCUACACUCUUUGGCCUGCCUAUGAAACAGGCGUCGCUCAUCACAUUGACCUUUCAGAACUCCGCCUUAAUACUCAUCAUGCACUACAGCCGUAUUAUGCCCCCCACGAGCGACCGAAGAUACUUUACAAGCACUGCAGUCCUGCUGAAUGAGGUCCUGAAGCUCGCCCUGUCGUCCACGUUUGCGAUAUACGAGGUUUCGCGGAGUCUCGCGCCCCAGACGCCUGCCACGGUGCUGUUCGAGCAAAUAUACCGGUCUGUCUUCAGUGGGGAUGGGUGGAAGCUGGCGAUACCGGCGACGCUGUACACGCUCGAGAACACGCUGCAAUACGUCGCGCUGGGCAAUCUGGACCCGGUGCACUUUCAAAUCCUAUACCAGCUCAAGAUUCUCACCACGGCCGUCUUCAGCGUAUCCCUCCUCGGUCGGUCCCUGAGCGUCAAGCGCUGGGCUUCUGUAAUCCUCCUUACCGUCGGCGUGGCUAUUGUCUCUCUACCGUCCGGCUCGGCCAAGGAGUCCGCACUCGUCAUCCAUGAUUUUAGUGAUCACUUCUUCCCGCGGUCUAUGCAUGAGCUCGGCCAGGCUGCCGGUGGGGUGGUGGAUGUCGCGCACGAGUUGACGCGCCGGGCCGUCGAGGGCCUCGCCGAAGGGGUUUCGAACGUGGUGAAGCGGUCGGCUACGUAUGAGGGAAUCGAGGCCGACAUGGAUCCUGAUCCAGAGAUGAACUACUCCCUGGGCCUGACAGCGGUGCUCGUCGCGGCAGGCGUGUCCGGGCUGACGGGAGUAUACUUCGAGAAGGUUCUCAAGGAGUCUGCGACACCUGUCAGCGUGUGGACGCGCAACAUCCAGCUGUCCUUCUACAGCCUGUUCCCGGCUCUGUUCUUUGGCGUAAUCAUGAAGGACGGCGAGGAAAUUGCCCAGUAUGGGUUCUUCGAGGGAUACAAUAGUGUGGUGUGGACGGCUAUCGUCUUCCAGGCGAUGGGCGGCGUGCUCACUAGUCUCUGCAUCAACUAUGCGGACAAUAUCGCCAAAAACUUUGCGACGAGUAUCAGCAUCAUCAUCAGCUUCAUUUUCAGCCUCUGGUUCUUCGGCUUCGAGGUGUCGACAACAUUCAUCAUGGGCACCUUGUUGGUGCUGUUCUCUACGUGGCUCUAUAGCGGACCCGAUCGUAAGCGAGGUCGACCGCCCCCCAUCAAUAUCGUCAAUUUUGAGAAGACGGUCAUCGCUUCAACGCCUAGGGUACCCUCCCCUGGUGGCUCAGCAUUACUCAAUCCAUUGGAUUCUGCAAACUCACUCGGCUUGUCAACAUCAAGACCAGCAACCCCGUCGUUUCAUCAUGCUCGAGUACCGUCUGCUAGAGGGAAGACACGUGAUGACUGA